AUGUAUAAAUUAAAUACAAUACAAGGACAUUCAUUUUUAAAUUUCCAGGCUCCCUUGAAUUACUUUUCAAAAAGAAAACUCUUUCAACUGGCCAAUGAAAUAAAACCAAGAAAAAGAGAUUCUCUUGGUAGAGUAGUGCUUUCCUCAUCUCUUCCGAAAGGUUUCUGGUUCAGAGAUUAUGAUUAAGUGAGAGUAGUUAAUAAAAAGUUAAGAGAAAGUCGUCCUAAUAAUCACAGAAUACAGAAUCCAAUUUAUUUCAAGAGAAAAGACAUUCAAGAAUGUUUACUACAUUACACAAUCAAAGCAAGUACACCUGAUCCUUCUAAGAAAUGGAAAAAGUAUCGGAAUUUAAUGUUGGAGAAUAACAAUCAUGUUCAGAUGUCUAGAGAGUAAAUAAAAUAAAAAUUUUAAGACACUCUUAAUUUAUUGAUCCCUAAUAAACAAUCUUCACCUCCAAAGAGUCAACGCGGAUCAUUCAUGUAUUCGUAGUAAUAGCAAUGUUUAUUUGAACAUCGAACAAGUUAACAAUCCAAAUUGAAGCGUGUAAGUAGACAAACAUCAAAUAGAAAGGAUGAUAGUAUGAGAUCAAUUGAUAGACAUUUCCAAGAUAUUAAUUGUGAUCAAAGCAAUUUCAAUCAUUCCUAUAUUCAAGACAAAAUGGUUUCAUCCAAUCAAAUUACUCCCAGAAAUCGAUUCUUUAAAGAUUGUUUCAGGUUAUAUGGAAUAGAUUCUUAAAUAUUGGCACCAAAAAACAAAUUGAUAUUUACUGAUUCUGUACAAUUGGUGGAAUCUUAAGAAACUAGAUGUGAUAAAAACGAAGGCAUUUAAAGUUAUCGAGAAAAAUCAAACUAAAAGUAGAAUGAUUUAUUAAAUUUAAUUAAGAAGUAAAGACAAAAGAACUUAUAAACCAAGACAAUAUCUCCUAAGUAGCCUAAAUUAAAUACCUCAACUCCUAAGGAUAACAAAAUUGUUAAUAUCUAUUUCCCAUCUCUCAAAAAAAUUAAUGUAAGAAAUCUUUCUUGA